AUGGCAAAUGCAACUUCCUCUUCGAAGGGUUCCUGGCUGCCCGCCAAGUUGUCUAAAUCCAACAAAGAACAUAGCUUCUCUCGCUUUUUUGGCAUCGCAGUUCCGGUUGAACUGAAUUUUAUUUGCAGUAAAGACAGCGAAAAAGCUGAGGGCGACACUCCGCUGCUAUGCAAAAGCGAUCAUGACUACUCCGAAGCCUCGACCAUAUGCGUCAUGCGCCUCCCACUUAGCACAGAGCACAAAUUCUUUCACAUGGCACACGAAAUCGUGCGGAUGUAUGACGAUCGAGAGUUUGAUAUUACCGAAACCCUAAAGAGUUCGAAUCUUGCAGAUCAUGAACUCAGCGCCCUGGAUCUGGGAGUCCACUGGGAAGCAGGGUCAGCUAGUUCUUGUACCUUUUUUGCUGACCAUGCCGCGCUGUGGGUCUGUUCGUUGAGAACAACCUUUUCAGAUGCCGGAACAAGCUUCGAAGAGUUUGCGCAGGAGGAGCAAGAGGGUCGUACGGAGUCUUGGGCGGAGGAGGAUAUGGAGGAGCGGAGUAAGAAGUGGGACUCAGAGAUUAACAAAACACUGGACGCGCUGGCUACGAGAGGUUGGAAGGGACAUCUCGUUGCGACGUGCCUUAUGGAAGUGAGGGGAAGUGAGCCCGAAGGAGAAAGUGAGAUGGUUGAGGGAAAUGAGAGUCCAGAAAACCUCAAUACUUCAGGUAAUCUGGAGACCCCAGAUUAA